GUCUUUGCGCAUAUGCAGCCGUGGUACUGGCGUCAAGACGGGCGUUGGGCUUGUCUUGGCGGCUCUUGGGAUCACAGUGUGGAGAACCGUCCCUGAAAACAGCUUUGCGGAAACAGGCAGGCGGCUAUUCUCUGGGCACUUGCCAACUGACUAUGCAGCCGGGGUGGGAGCCCAGGUGCACCUGCCAACGUGUAAGACGCUUAUGCAUCUUUUCAAAACCGUGGCAGCCUCACCUCAGGCAGCACUUCACCGGAUGUCCAGCACGGGAAAGCCAAACUUACAAGAGUGGACAGACGCCAUCCAGGACUGGAAGUGGGGACUUUCCAAGUCACAGAUAUCCGGAAUGUUCCAUGGCAUCGACUCAGCGAUGGACGGGCAGGUCGAUAUUCAGGAGCUCCUCCAGUGUUUCAGGCACGGAGAGUACGAAGGGCACUUCUGGCAGACGGCAAGCCCGAAACCGGCUGCGGCAAGCGUGCAGGUUGUUCAGGGCCAUCAUCAGUACAACUGCUACGAUGGCCUGGACAUGUGGCGGUUCGAUUGGUCAAACGAGAAGAAGGUGUCAUGCAGCCUCAUUAGCGCGAGCGAGUUACGUGGAAGCCUCAUCCCUGGGCUGACACCCUUCCAGGUGGUCCAGCGGCUGGACACUGAUGGAGACGGAGUGGUCAGUCGCAAUGAAUGGCUGGGAGCCGCAACUGGGUUUGCCAGUCAGACCCCAUUUGCCAAAACCCUGAUCGAGCCUCGUGCAGAAUUCGCCUUCAAGUCCAUGGAUGUGAGUCAGGACGGGAAUCUCAACCCAAGAGAUCUGGCAAAUUCGCUUGGUCUGCGUGAUGACAAGUCGCCUUUGGAACUUGGGUCGAGUGGCUUGCCAAGUGUUUCUGCAACUGGCCUGAAGCAGCGCGUCUUGGCAAGAUGGUCCACGCUGUCCAAUGCCUUUCAGAAGAUGGACAGAGACCAUAACCACAGGCUAAGUCGUGAAGAGUUUGGGGCUGGCCUGGCAGAAGUGCGCCCGCCUAUUGAUCAGCCCUCAGAGCUUGCACGACUGUUCCAGGGCAUUGACGCGCUACGGGAUGACAGAAUCACCCCUCCAGAGUGGCACGGCACCAUGCAGAGUGAAACGCUCUUCCAGAGCCCGGAGGCUUUGCAGCACUUGCUGCACACGGGCUCAGCCGGUGGACCAGAUGGCUGGAUCCACACAUCGCCAGAGCCUGCAGAAUCCCUACAAGGGGGCAGCCCUACACCACAAGGAUCCCAGAAAUCCGCACAGGUCAAGGGCAGUAGCAGUGGAGGUUUGCAGGACUUGACCAGCCAUUUGGAGGAACUGUCUGCCCAGGCAGAAGGCAAGUUUCGACAGAAGGCUGUGGAAUGGGCUGGGAGCAUGAAAAAUGCUUGCAUUAGAAUGGGUGUGCUCAGAGAUGACAUCUCGCAGAGUGCAUUUCAAUCAGCCGUUGGAGGAUUCGAGCCGCUUCUGGCAGAGCAGAGCUCAAGUGAAAUCUUUAAGCAGAUGGAUGAAGACAAAAACGGCCUCAUCAGCGGUGAGGAGUGCGUCCUGUCAGAGGAGGAGCUACGCAAAAAGCUCGCAUCAGUGAAAUCCUUGCGAAAUUUGUUCCGUGAUGCUGACGUCGACAGCGAUGGCCAGCUGUCGCGAGACGAGUUUGCAAAGCUCGGAAAGCUGUUGAGCAAAGGGUCUUCGGGAGGGAAGUACGCAGCUUUUUUUGAUGACAUGGCUGCCGCUGGCAAGCCACCUCUCACACUGGCUGCCCUGGAGUCAAUGGCGGGCGCGCCCAGUUCCUCCAAGCAGGUCUUGUCUAAGGAGGAUGGGGCAAAGUAUACGCUUCCGGCAAUCAUCCACGGCAAAUGCAUCCUUUCAGUGAAAGGGGACAACCUCCCUUCUGGUUUGAGCGACAAGGUCGGGCAGAGUUUGUCAACAACUCUGUCCCAGCAGCUAGGGGUGACGGUCAGAGUUGCAGGGGCGCAGGAGCAACAGGGCACAACAUCGACAGAGUUCGACGUGUUGUACACCUCCAAGACGCAGAACGGUGCAGAAGUCAUAAGCAAGCUGCGAAUGAGUGCUGACAUCAUCCAGACAGAACUGCAACGAGCAGUGGAAGCGGUGGUAUCAGCUUCUGCCAGUGCCUGGUGCAGCAGCACAAUGGAUUUCUAUGGUCCAAAGGCCGGAGCACUCCCCAGAGGCCAAAAAGUAAUGCAGGAAUUCGGUCAGCUCGCCGGCAAGCCCAAAGAGAACGGCUUCCCGUAUGUGGCGGCACGGUGA